AUCAGAGGAUAAAGAACAGGAAAAGCUGAGAGAGUAGCGAGAAAAGCCCCAGUGGAGCUAAGAGAGGAACCACAAAGGAAGCCUCUGGCACCAGAGCUGAAGGCAACGAAACCUGGGUGCAAAGGACCAGCAGAAGGCAGCCAUGUGCCUUCCCAUGUGACAGAGGUGUCCCAGAUGCCAGCAGCCUUUCUUCAGAGUCCAGAUAUCUAUUACUUUUGAGGAUGUUGCCAUUUAUUUCACGGAGAAGGAAUGGCAGAAUCUAGAGACGUGGCAGAAGGAGCUUUACCAGCAUGUAAUGAGAACCAAUUAUGAGACUCUUGUUUCUCUGGGUAAGAAAUAUACAACUUUGUAUAAAUAAUGGACGUGGAUCCUUUAAGAGGUCUUGGUCGGUUGAACCUCCUGGAUGUCAGAUGAUGGAAUUCCCAAACCGGAACUAAUAUCCUGGAUUGAACAAGGGGGUGAUCCUUUCAGAAAUUGGGAAGAAUCACAGAAAUCAGAAAACAUAAUUUGUUCCUCUGCUGAUAAGCAUUUUGAUCCAGUUUUUGAGGGGCAGCUGUUUGGGGGAAGCCAAAAAUCUGUACAUUCAGGAGAAAUUAAAUGCCAUUUCCCAUUAGACCCUCAGCAAGAUAUCCAUCGGGAACAGAGACACUUCCAAUAUAAUAACUGUGAAAAGAGAUUCCACCUGGAGUGCAAGCGGAAAGGCUGCCAGCACAAACAAACUGUAAAGAAGCCAUAUUCUUGCAGUAAAUGUGACCGAUCCUACUCCUGCCCUCGGAACCUCCGUGAUCACCUGAGAGUGCACAGUGGGGGAAAGCCUUUCCAGUGCCCUGAGUGUAAAAAGCGCUUCUCUGUGAAGGCCUCUCUGUUCUAUCACCAGCACACCCACAGCAAGGAGUGGCCAUUCUCUUGUGGGGAGUGUGGCAGAGGCUUUAUCUGUCAGGGUAAGCUCACCGAUCACUUCAGAGUGCACAGUGGGGAGAGGCCCUACCAGUGCCCCGAGUGUAACAAGUGCUUCCGCCAGAAGCGCACUAUGAAGAAGCACCAGAACAUCCACCGCAAGGAGAGGGGAUUCUGUUGCGGGGAGUGUGGCAAGCAUUUCAUUUUUAAGUGUCAACUUGAUGACCACAUCACAGUACACAGAAAAUCCUCUAGGGCUCCAAAUGAGCCUGAUAUUAAGAAAAGGCUUAGGCGACCGUAUGUAAUGGUAGAGGAUGAUUGGAGUUGAGGUAGAGGACAACAUCCAAGCAUGAAACAGAACUUGUGUUGCCUGAGAAUUCACAACAGUCCCCAAACUGUUAGACAGAUUUUAGGAACAGGGGCCCAUUUUUGAGCAAGAAUGUAAUACUAGUUAGGAAUAUGAGAAAUCACAAGGGAUUUUCUCUUUUAAACAAUCAAUUAUAUUUACUGUCCAUUGACAAAAAGAGAUAAAUGCUAUUUCUGUUAUCUUAAGUGGUAUUUCUCCCCCAAAUGCUAAGCCAGCUCUGAAAUUCCAGCUUGUAUUAAGACAGAAGGAGAUCCCUCCAGUACCAUUCUCAAAGGUAAAAAGAUGAGGGUGUCUGUUAAAUGUUAGUUCUACUUUUUUUUUUUUUCCCUUCAGAAUAUGAUGCUGAAUUGUGGGUUUAUAUCCAGUCAUUUUCAUUGCAGGUGCUGGUAUAAUGGUGGAUGUGGUUUUGACUGAUUUAUUUUGAAACUGGUAACAAUAAAACAUGUCUGAAUUUUA